UCCGCAAGUGUGCGGGAAGGCGCCUGGGGGCGUUCUUGAGGGCUGAGGUUGUCAACAUAAAUCUCAGCGUUAGAAAACGUUCGCCUGUUUACGAGUCCUGUAGCUAAUAGGCAUGGGGAGGAUUGCAGCUCCAGUUACAGUUGCGUUCCUCAGACAUGGCUCGAAGCAACAGAGACCACUACACUUUGGAGAAAUAUGUGCCUAAAUCAGUGGGCCUUCUGCAAUAUCUCAGUGAUCCCAGGAACACAGACCUGGAAAAAGUAUUAUCUCCACCGUUUUAAUAUUGAGCAUAAAAUGGUAUCAGGACGACCUUCAGUUGACUAUUCAUGUAAAGCCAUGAGAGGACAUCAAGGAGAGAUACACGAUAUGGCUUACCUGUCAUCUAAUGAGCACACAUUUGCUGUGGGAAAGGUGAAAUCGGUUGUGUGCACUGCAUCUGCUGAUGGCACUGUCAAGGCAUGGGAUGUCCAAGAGGGUACACAGAUUUGGUCGAGUCCCAAAGAGGAAACACAAGUACAAGUUAUCACACUCCCUCAGCAUAAUCUGGUUGUCACAAGAGAUUUGACUGGGACAAUCAAACUUAGGCAUGGGGAUACAGGGAAAGAGCUUGGAGCAUUUUCAGCAGCCUCUACUUUCUGCCCGAUGGUUGCCUACACAAUAAACAAUAAGCCAUUCCUGUCGGUAGCCACGUCAAGCAGCAAAAUCUAUACAUUAGCAGCUCCUAAUCUAAGUCAGAUUUCUUGCAUACAACCAUUUCCAAAUUGUGGUGUAGAUUUGUCGCCUUGUUCACCAGAUGGACAAUGGAUAGUCAUACUUCCCCUGGAUAGCAACGAGGCACCAAAGGUGCUAUAUACAUAUUAUGCAACUAAUCCAGAAGAUGAUCAACUGAUGUUUUCUAGUCCUCUGCCAAUUAAUAAGUGUGCUUUUGUCACCUGUUGGUUACCAGCAGAACCAGCAAGGAUAGCCCUAAUGCAUGAAAUUGAGCAACAAUAUCACAUCACGACUUUUGAUAUAGCUAUGCAGAAAUCUAAAUAUAAACUUAAUAUUACAGCUCAACAGGUUGCAACCUUCCAAUUACCAAACAAACACAUAUUUACGCAAUACAGGACCUUUGCAGGAUUUGGGAAACAAACACUUAUUAUAGCAUUUGAUAUGGAGUUGAAAUUGUACUCUCUGAAUGGGACUGAACUAAACACUUUCCAAGAUCACAAGAGGAUGAUUACAUCAAUAUGGGUGGAUCUUUUUCGUGUUGUCACAUCAUCCUUAGAUCUCUCACUCCGUGUGUAUACCUGGAAAAAUGAUAACAAAACAUCCUCACUCAUUAGUCGCUAUCAUUUAGUAGGGGGAUCUCAUAGAUGGUCACGGGGCUUUACAAAGGUGGCCUGUGAUGACGUGAGCAUUGUUGGUGUGGUGACUGGAGUGAAUCAGACAGACAUUUUAAGAGCAUACUGCUUUGAUCUGUAAGAUUUAAUUCCAUUUAACAUUCAUCUAACAGACUCCACAUUAAUCGGAACAACAGCCUUGCUGGUCCAUAAUUUUGUGCACAAAGGGCACAACUACAGUGUUUAAAAAGUCACUAAGAAUUAUACAGAAAACUUGAUGUAAUUUUGAAGUUGCAGAGAAUGAGAUAUGCUUUGAUAUUUAUUAUAAAAAUAAAACACUUGGUCAGUUAUUCAUAUCUUA